UCAUCUUCAUUCUUCCACGGACAACAAAAGGCCAGAGAGAGAUCAAAAAAAUCUCUGGAAGAUUAAACAAUUCACGAAGACACUACUACCGGAUCUAAACGACACCGCUCCAGAUCUACUUGAUCGACCAUGGCCUCGACUUUCAGCGGCGAUGAAACUGCACCUUUCUUCGGCUUCCUUGGGGCGGCGGCGGCCCUCGUUUUCUCCUGUAUGGGAGCCGCAUAUGGAACAGCUAAGAGUGGUGUUGGUGUUGCCUCAAUGGGAGUGAUGAGACCCGAGCUGGUGAUGAAGUCAAUUGUUCCUGUUGUUAUGGCUGGUGUCUUGGGUAUCUAUGGCUUAAUUAUUGCUGUUAUUAUCAGUACCGGAAUUAACCCCAAGGCCAAGUCAUACUACCUUUUUGAUGGAUAUGCACAUCUCUCAUCUGGUCUUGCUUGUGGGCUUGCUGGGCUCUCUGCUGGAAUGGCAAUUGGAAUUGUUGGUGAUGCAGGUGUCAGAGCUAAUGCCCAGCAGCCAAAACUUUUUGUUGGAAUGAUCCUUAUCCUCAUCUUUGCUGAGGCGUUGGCCCUUUACGGGCUUAUUGUUGGAAUCAUCUUGUCCUCUAGAGCUGGGCAAUCCAGGGCAGAAUAAAAGGGAACUGUGGCACCUUGUAUUCUUUAAUUGCUUAUCCGUGUUACUCACAGGAAGAUUUCCUUUUAUUCUCAGGUUGGCUGAUGUUUGACGGCCCUUGCAGGGGUCUCAGAAUUUUAUUGUUCCGACCGUUUGUCAAGCAUCACGAUGGUUGUCUGUGCUAUUAGUACAAGUAUUUAGUUUCUUGGCAAGCUGUUCAUGUUUGGUUUUCUCUAUCAAUGUAUUUUGCAGACA